AUGACGUCUACUAUUGUAUCAACGCCAGGAAAAGUACUUGUCGCAGGUGGAUAUUUGAUUCUAGAUAGAAACUAUGAUGGUCUAGUUGUUGCGGUUGAUUCAAGAUUUUAUACAGUGAUUAAAAAAAUUGAAGCAGAAAAUACUUUUUGCAAUAGUAAUAAUGACAAUAGUUGGAAAAUUAAUGUCAUUUCACCUCAAUUCAAUAAUACCAAGUGGGAAUAUAAAGUAAUAAUUAAUGAUUAUAACAAUAAAGAAGAUAUCAGACAAUGUGAAUUGAUGACAUUGAACUCAAAUGAGAGCGGAAAUAACACAUUUAUUGAUGUGACACUCAAAUUUGCUUUGUCAAUUAUUAUUCAGAGAAUUGAUUAUUCAUCAUUCUCAAAGAUAUUAGAAAAAGGAUUAAAUAUAUUUAUAGUUGGAAGCAAUGAUUUCUAUUCACAACGAGAACAAGUAGGUAAUUUUUUAUCUUUAAUUAUUAAUGAUAUCAAUGAUUAUGAAUUAAUAGUUGAUCCUCUUUUUAUGGAUACGUACGUGUACAAGUUGAAAAAUCAAGGACUUGAAAUUAGUUUGGCAUCAUUACGAUCACUCAAACCAUUUUGUAAAUUAAACAAAACCUUGAAAAAUGUUCAUAAAACAGGUUUAGGAUCUUCGGCAGCAUUGAUAACAUCAUUUGUUACAGCUUUAUUCGUUCAUUUUAAUUUAAUCAAUAACAAAGAAGACGUAGAUGAUAAUUAUUCCAGAACAUUAAUUCAUAACGUUGCACAGUUUUGUCAUUGUUUUGCUCAAGGUAAAAUAGGAUCAGGAUUUGAUGUAUCAGCUGGUGUAUGGGGAAGUCAUACUUACAAGAGAUUUUCUACUAUGAGUGAAUCUGUUUCGCCAUUUUCUUUACCACCAGGAUUUAAUUUAAUUCUUGCAGACAUUGAUACAGGAUCGAAUACUCCCAGUAUGGUUUCAAAAGUAUUACAAUGGCGUAAAAAUGAUCCUGAGCAAGCAAAUAAAUUAUGGGAAGAAUUGAAUAAAUACAACAAAUUUCUUGCCGAUAAUUUAACAAAAUUGACAAAAGAAUAUGAUAAUGAUCAAAAAUUAUAUUGUAAUACUAUUGAAAUCUGUUCUAAUUCUAAGGCAUCUGAGUGGUUAUCAAUAUCAGAAAAAAAUCCAAAUGAAUCUUACAUUAUAAGAUUAUUAUCAUUGAUAUAUACAACAUUCCAAAAUAUACGAAAAUUAUUACGAGAAAUGUCAAAACUGUCAAAAGUACCAAUUGAACCACCUGAACAAACUAAAUUAUUAGAUUUAUGUAAUGAAAUACCUGGUGUGGUAUUAAGUGGUGUUCCUGGUGCGGGAGGAUAUGAUGCAAUAUUUUGUAUUUAUAUUACCCCAAUUUCUUCUUCUACUACGACUGCGUUUCAUUCAAUUAAAGGAGAUGGCUGCCUAAAUAAAUUAGAGCAACUAUUUUAUAAUUAUAAAGGCUUGGAUGUAUUACCACUUUUAUCUAAAGAAUCAUCAAAGGGUUUUUUAAUUCAUAAAAAUAUUGAUGAUGUUUAUGUUUAG